AUGUCAUCUCUUAAGUAGAAAAUUAACGAGUAGAAUGAACGUCUACCCAAAUCAAUCAAUGCAUUUUAAGGUUAUUCUGGAUGGCAGACUAGAGGAGGCUUGUUCUACACUCAUACUCUCUCCGAGUUUGUAUGUAGAUUGGGAUGAGAUUACUAGGCUUGAUAACGCACAUAAGCUGGGUAGUAGAACCCCAGUGCUUUUACAAGGAAAUACAAACGUGGAAUUGCCCGAAGUAGCGCUAGAUAGCGAUGACAACAGAACUAUCGUUCAGUUCCAUACAAAUCACCAGCUGAUAGAAGUACCUGUCCAUGGUAGAUACCCUUUAGUUAAGAAAGAACCAACGAGCUACCUGGAAACAGGCGUCGUUGAGAGCACUCUGAUUAGCUCUUAUCACUCAUGUGAUACUAUACAAUCAGAUAGUCAAUAUACCAAUACAGUAUAUUUACCAACCGGAUCUAGCGAUCAUGAACAAAUUGUCGGUCGUGUUAAUGUCACAAUCACACUUCUCGCGUUUGCUUUCAUUAUUGGAAGUGUCAUUAAACAGUUCUCGCGGGGGCUUCAUGUCAAAACAGAAUAAUAUUAUGCAUAUAUUUUAGUAAUAACUAUAGUAAUACACUGAAGCACCUGAAUUAGUCCAAAUCAAGUGGUUAUACAAUCACUUAUCUGAUAAAAGGGUGGAAGGACCAAACAAUACCAUACUCCAACGUGAGAGAAUGAAUACAGUUUAGAACCCUCCGACAGUAUGUAACUGUCCGUCAAUGAUACGACAAACAACUUUCAAUGCAGUAUAUUGUUGUUGCCUGCAGAUGCAACCUCCUUGAUUAUACUGAAUUGCUGCUCUUUAGCAAAACCAAGAACAAGCGAGUUUGUUGAUAACUUUUCUAUCUCAACUAAGUGACUCCCGAAAGAUGCUGGUAGGCGAGUACGUAACUCUACACGCUUCUCACGAAGACGUGUCCAACGUAAUCUCAAAGCUGAGUAUAAAAGCUAACUCAAACAUGCUAAAGCAUUAGCUUUGCAAUUCCAGAGGCAAAAACAUUGUAAUCGAGUGUCGUAUGAGAAGUUCCCCAAACUAAUGAGCAAACAUACUCAGGAUAUCUUAUGGAACAGAACAGAAGUUCGUCUAUCAACAAAUCACGCUUCCGCGUUCAUGCCGACACUCCUUUUAGCCAUCAUUAAACCAUCUGUUAAGACGGAAGCUCAUGGAAUAUACCAGAGUCACUAGAGCGCUUUCAGACUCCAAGAUGGAGUUUGAAAGUGCUGCCAACCGACCUAAAUUGCUCGCUAAAGCAAAUAGGACAGUGAAAGAAGUGAUCAGCCAUUCAGAAAUAUGUCUGUCGCGUGAAUCUAAGGUAUUUUAAAGCUACAUGUAGGGAGAGUCAGAACGUACUUAGCCAAGCACUGGCUCUGAUGCCUACGUGAAGAGCAGACCUUAAAUCAGCAAAAUAUAAAGAAUAGACUGUAUUGAAACCAUAGGUUAGGAAAUACGCGUCUGCGCAACUUGUGAGUGACGGAGUGGCUAUUACGACUAUGAGCCCGAUUUUACUACGUCAGGCAUAGAGUGGUACACUAGAAAGCGCUGUAUUUGUAAAUGUCCUUAGAUUUCCUUAUAAAAAUAGUCUUGGGUGUAACUUCUAAAGAAGGUAAGACGCGUGAUCGACGCGUUUAACUCGUACCAUCAAGUUUAAGAUAAAAUGUCAGUUGUACUACCAGCCUUUAAGGUUGCGGAAUUAGUACAAUGUUUAUCAGAUCCUCAAUAUUUUAAUCUCAGAAUAACAGCAGAUGAUAUAAACAGACCAACACCACAAGUUGUACAAAUGAUCUACGCUGCAUGCCUCGAUUUCUUUAUGGGAUUACGUCCGGAAGCCCUAGAAGGACCAAAGAAUUUGUUAUUAGAGCGAAUGGAGUACCCUGAGUUGUUUUCAGAUGCUGUACCAUUAAUGAUGUUCCAUCAACACGUUACAAACCUCACAAAGAUAGCUCAGGUUGAUUUCUUCUCUUUACAGGAUCUCACAAGGCCAGAUCCAGCGAGAACCAGGAAGAUAUUGUCAGCUUUGGUUAACUUUGCCAAGUUUAAACAUGAAAGGCAGUCUACAGUGGAUGCGGUUGCUGCUAAGAGUGAUAAAUUGAAGGAACGUCGCGAUAAAUUACGCGCCGAUAAUGAAAGACUCCGCACAGAAACAAACAAAUUGAGAGAUCAAAGAGCUCAAGAUGAACCACAAGCUAAACAAGCUAGACUGGAAAUCGAGCAAUCUUUGAGUGAACUUUCAAAGCUGAAACAACAUCAGACUGUUCUAGCAACAGAAAUUGAUAAGCUCAAGAACCACAAAGCUGAGCUUAACAAGGCUAUAACACAUUAUCAAAGUCUGCUUCACAAUGCUCAACAGGUCGGCCAAGCCUCAAGCGCACGUCUAGUGCAAUCACCUGAGAGGCAAAAGAGAGCUAUUAGUGAUAUGGGUGAAGAGCUCGCUGCAGAACGACAGGCUGAGCAACAACUUGAGAAGCGUACGAGGGAUCUCAAGAUCAGGUUGGAGUAUAUGGACAACUUUAAGACCGAUAUCCAAGCUUGUAUUUCUAUACUUGAAGUAAUCGAAGUAGAACAGAACAAAGUCGACACUUCGUUCAGACAAUCAGCAGAACUUAGAGACCAAAUUGACCAGAACCAGAAGGAUCAUAAUGAUUUGGAUGUUAAAUUUCAGCAACUUUCCAAGCAAGUUGACAAUGCAAAGGAAAGAUUAGAACGUACCCAGCGUAUGGCAACAGAAAAGCGUGAAGCUAUCAGAGCCCAGAUGGCAGCAUUCAGGUCGGAGCAUGAAGCAAUUUCUACUGAAAGAUCAGAACGUCGUAAAGAGUAUGAGCAAAAGCUAGAACGGAAUUCGAAGCUUGAACAAGAUAUACGUGAACUAGAGCUCAGUCAUGAGCAAGAAAUAAAUCUUCUCCAGUCAUCCUGGGUUACAUUGGAAGAGCAAAUACAGUACUACACGGACCAAUUAAUGUCCAGAAUGAAAACAUAAUAGUAAAUAACUGAUGUAUAAUUGUAUUUUUU